UCAUGCAGCCCCAGACCAUGACACUCCCACCACCAUGCUUGACUGACAUGGUUCCAAUAAUCCAUGUCCUUAGUCUGCUUGUCUUCAGCAAACUGUUUGCAGGCUUUCUUGUGCAUCAUCUUUAGAAGAGGCUUCUUUCUGGGACGACAGCCAUGCAGACCAAUUUAGUGCAGUGUGCAGUGUAUGGUCUGAACACUGACAGACUGACCCCCCCCCCCCCACCCCUACAACCUCUGCAACAAUGCUGGCAGCACUCAUACGUCUAUUUCCAAAAGACAACCUCUGGAUAUGACCCUAAGCAUGUGCACUCAACUUCUUUGGUCGACCAUGGUGAGGCCUGUUCUGAGGGGAGCCUGUCCUGUUAAACCCCUGUUUGGUCUUGGCCACUGUGCUGCAGCUAAGUUUCAGGGUCUUGGAAAUCUUCUUAUAGCCUAGGCCAUCUUUAUGUAGAGCAACAAUUCUUUUUUUCAGAUCCUCAGAGAGUUCUUUGCCAUGAGGUGCCAU